UCUGCUCUCUCUCUCUGUCUCUCUCUCAACUGUGGUUCUUGCUUAGUUUUUCAGCCUGGGUUUUGCAGAGGUUUUGAGAAUUUCAUCAAUGGAUGAUGUGUAUGCAAAGUUUAUUAAGAGAAUGAACCCCACAAGAGUUGUGAUUGACAAUGAAUCUUGUGAACAUGCCACCAUUAUAGAGGUUGUUUGUGCUAAUGGGCACGGAUUACUCCUUGAAGUUGUCCAAGUGCUUGCAGACUUGAACCUCAUCAUAACAAAAGCAUACAUCUCCUCUGAUGGAGGAUGGUUCAUGGAUGUGUUUAAUGUGACUGACUGUGAUGGGAACAAAAUUAGAGAUGAAGGGAUCCUCAAUUAUAUACACAAGACUCUUGAAACUGAUGCCUGCUGCUUAAAGUCAUCGAGAGGGUCAAUUGGGGGAAUGCCCUCUAAGGAGCAUACAUCAAUUGAACUAUGUGGCACUGACAGGCCUGGAUUGUUUUCAGAAGUAUCUGCAGUACUAGCAGACCUUAGAUGCAAUGUGGUAAGUGGUGAAAUCUGGACACACAAUUCUAGAGCUGCAGCUGUCAUUUAUGUGACUGACGAGUCGUCGGGACGAGCAAUCGAAGAUCCAAAACGGCUCUCCAUGAUCAAGGAACUGCUUUGCAAUAUCCUCAAAGGAAACAACAAUUUGAGAACUCCUAGAUUGACAAUAUCCUCCUCUGGGUUAAUGCACAGACAAAGGAGAUUACAUCAGAUGAUGUUUGCUGAUAGGGAUUUUGAAAGGGUUGAAGGUGUCAAGCAUUGUUCAAGAAUCCACGCUUGUGUAUUGGAUUGCAAUGAUAGAGACUAUACCAUUGUCACUGUCAGAUCCAAAGACCGCCCCAAGCUUUUAUUUGACACCCUGUGUUCUCUAACAGAUAUGCAAUAUGUGGUGUUCCAUGGGACAGUCAUCACUGGAAGGAUGGAAGCUUACCAGGAAUACUACAUUAGACAUGUUGAUGGGCAUCCUGUAAGUUCAGAAGCUGAGCGACAACGUGUUAUAGAAUGCCUUGAAGCAGCCAUUGAGAGGAGAACCUCUGAGGGACUGGAACUAGAACUGUGCACUGAUGACAGGGUUGGCCUCCUUUCAGAUAUUACCAGGAUAUUUCGUGAAAAUGGGCUGUGCGUCAGACAAGCUGAGAUCUCAACAAGGGACAGGAAAGCAAAAGAUACUUUCCUUGUCACUGAUGUGUCUGGCAAACCUGUUGACCCUAAAAUUGUUGAUUUGAUUAGGCAAGAGAUAGGACAAAACAUAUUAAACGUGAGAGGGAACUUAAAUAUGUCCUCGAAACUUCCUCAGGAGAUGGCAAGAAGUUUCCUCUUUAAAAAGCUUUUCAAAGGUCGAAAUUAGAUUUUUCAAGCUCAUAAAAUCCUGGACGAUAGUUUGCUCAUGUUAUUUCUUGGAAGGAACAUCGAGUGCUGCCUUCAGAAGAAUACAAGGGAGAGAACAAUAUUGAGCAAGCCACCAUAUAUUGUAGGAAUGAUUGUAAAUUGUUUCUUUGGACCUUGUAAAUUUUAUACUGGAUGAUAUGACAUGUUUUAGGUAGUUUUUUA